GAUUGGAUUUGCGUAGUGCGUAAGGAAUUUGCAUUUAUUGUUCAAGAAACUACUUGACCUCGUUAAUAAUGUACCAAUUGUGUACUUAACUCAAAUAAUUUUCCUUAAAUACGCGGUCGUGAUAUUAUUGUCCAGUCGAAAGUGGAACAUGCGGUUCUCCAAAGUUUUCCUCAGUGAAAGUACCGAUGCAUCAUUAGGUGUAAUUUCAGGAAUCAAACGAUUCCCGGGCAGGGAAAUCUGCACACCCGUUGCAUUUACUUACACCAAGGGUGGCUCAGUUCCUCAUUUAACUCGAGAAGUACUGGAGAUGGCAUUUGAUGCCUCAAUGCCGGUCGUCAUGCCAGCAGAGAACAUUGCCUUUGCCUAUGAGGCUGUCAAAGUGUUCCAGAAUGGAAUGACUUCUUUCUCUGGUUUAUCGGAAAGCAUCUUUUGGUGCAGUCAAUUUGACCAUGCAGUAAACUCGCCCAAGUCACUGAAUCAGAAGGACAAAGUUGCUCUUUGGACACGUUUUGGGAAAAAACUCAUAGAUGCCGACUCGUACAUGGAUAUGAUGGAAGCUUUCAAACCAGACUUGUUCACAGUUCUUUCCAAUAAUGAUACCAACAAAACUAGUAGCAAUAAGCAAACUCGUAAAUCAGUUGAUCAGUCCAUCAGUUUGCUUCAAAAAUGUGUGGAACGGCAUAAAAACUCCUCGAUUUUGAAAGAUACUGGGAUACUUGCAGGGAUUCAAGGUGGUUAUAACGUUCAUGAUCGAACUCGAUGUGCAGAAACGAUGUCAAAAGCAGAAGUAGAUGGAUUUGUCAUUGAUGGACUUUUCACCAAUGGUUUGGAAGUUGAAAACAUAACAUUUGAGGACAUUGAACCUGUGAUAAAAGUUACCAUGGAUCACCUACCCAAAGAUAAAUUAAAGGCUGUUUAUGGUGCAUGGAAUCCUGAUGUGAUCUUAAAACUUGUUGACAUGGGAGUUGAUCUGUUUGACACCUCCCUAGCUUACCUUUCAACUGAAAAAGGCUGUGCUUUGAACUUCAAGUAUCCAAAAACUACAAAAAGGUCUUCAGAGGUCCUUGAAACGGUACCAACAAAGAAAAGCGCCUCUUCUGAGUGCAAUCUUCUAACAAAUGGUGUUGCAACGAUAGAUAAACCAGAUGAUGAUCUCCUAGUCAAUGGUAACUGGUGCGUCAUCAAUACAAUGCCAGGGGGACAGCCAGUCUUCAGUGAUAGAAUAGUAAACAGUGUUUCUUCUGAAGAUACCAAUGUUCAAAACGAGAAGGAAACUAGAAAAAACACCAACAAAACUGAUGAGCUAAACCAUAAAUCAAAGUUACCUAAACUAAAUACUCCGCCUGAUCCUCCUAAAAAGAAGGCAACCCCUGCAGAGGUGGAAGAAAAGUCGGCUGCCAAAUAUUCAUCCUUCGAAUUUUCUCUUCGAGAUCCAAGUGUUAGAGAAGAGUUCAUUCCUCUUGAUCCCGACUGUCUGUGCCUGACAUGUAAAAAGCACACCCGUGCUUACAUACACCACCUAUUAAAAACCAAGGAGUUAUUAGCUCCUGUCCUUUUAAUGAUACACAAUCUUCAUCAUUACCAAAUGUUUUUUGAAAACAUACGACAUAAUGUCAAACAUUGUGGAAAAGCAUUCAUCUAGCCAUGGAGCGUGAAAAUUAUUCCUGACAUCCAGAUAAGUUGUGUUCAUAUUUACCAGUAUGUUUUUUUAUUUCUCUUCUUAUUGUUUGAGAAAAAUGUUCCCAUCGCUAGUUAGUACAAUUGCAAUUAUGUAGUUCAAACACUUAUUUUUCCAUUAGGCGUUUUAAUCUGUCUCAAUUCACAGGACAGUCACUGUUUACGAACAGUGUCUGAAACAGUGUUUGAGUUUAGUAUUCAUUAAUUUUCAUUUUACAUAAUUCUAUGUGCUGUUUCUUCCUUGAGUCUUUUUUUACUUUCUCUCGUUCAGUUUCUUUUGAUUGUACUGUAAUACCCCGGUAUCCGCGAGGGUUAAGUUCCGCGGAUACCGAAUUCGCGGACAUGGGGGCAUUGGUCUUUUGGAAAAUGAAGGGUUAGGGGACGUGUCAAAUGAGAAAUGCUUACAUUCACCUAUGGUUUGCGGAAGAAAGUUAUUAGAGUUGGCUGUUUCCUUUUACGCUGUAGAUCUUUUUGUAUUUCAAUGUAUGGAAGAAGUAGACUGCUGAGGCCUUGUUGGAAAUUUAGUGCCCUUUUCAUGUGCGGAUCGACAUGAUCAGAUCGUUUAUUCCUGGAUGUAGAGGAAGCUCUAGAUGUUAAGGAAGUUCCACAUGAUGGGGUGGUUUCUUCUAUAACCUCCAUAUCGUCUCGUGAACGUUUCUGAGACAUUUCCUUUUUAAUUCCAAUCUAAUUUCAAAACUUGAAAAUUUUGAACCGUUCAAUAUCACAGAAAUUUUGCAAGAAAACAAAUGAAUUCUUUUUUUAUUGGGUGAAGCGAGUCACGGAGUAGCGGAUAACAGGGUAAUGCCGCAAAAAUUUGAUUGCGGAUAAGCGAAUCCGCAGAUGGCAGGGUCGCGGAUACCAGGGUAUUACAGUACCACAAUUGUUGCCUUUUCAAGUGAAAAUUUAUCGAAUUUUCCGCACCGAUAAAAUAAUUAUUUUUGAUAAAAACAAGCACUUUUUCUGAUAAGUCAGAAUUUGAUUAAAAACAGGACAGAUUUAACCAAAAUCUGCUUUUUUCUGACGUUUUAUUUUAUUAUACAGAAAAUUAGGCGAUACUGGACAUUUUUUGAGUGAAUUUUUGAUCUAAGGUAAAUCCUCAGAAAGUUCAAUGGGGUUAAGUAGUUUAGAUCUCUGUUUAAAAAAUUGAAUAUGAUAUUAAAUCAGAGAAAAUCGAAGCUAUUGGUUGGCUGUUUGCGCUGUUGAAAUUGACGCAUUUAAAUCAAAUGGAACUAUAUCCAUUCCGAUGUGAGCCCUACAAUCCAUAAAAAUACAUGCCUGACAGGGUUCAUGUCUUGGAUACAGUUCCUUUUGAUUUAAAUACGUCCAAUUAGGCAACAAGGAAUGCAGUUAGGCUGAUUGAGGAUAAAUUUGUUCAACUCGGGUGGAUUUUUUCCGCUAUAAUUGUUAUAUUUCCAUGUUUAUGUAGUUGAGUCUAGUAAUAUCAGUUGAUCAUUAAUGAAAUAAGAUCUCAUUUGUAGAAAACUUCAGUCGGCCUCUUACAUUGCUACAAAAAUGGCAAAGAAGUGCGUCAAUUUCUCUCAUCUAAAACAAGAAACUCAAUCAUUCAUUUGUAAAAUUUAUGGGAAAUUUGGUAUGUUUAUGUGUAUUUGCUGCAGUUGAAAAUAUUUUCAUGUUUCGUUAAGACAAAAGCCUAACAUUGUCCAAUACUGCUGAUAAUAGUCUUCUUUUGAUCGCAUGUAGGCAGUAUAUUUUAGGAGCUUUUGCUAGUGUUGUUAUGGUCACAUCGGAAGUGACCAAGUCUAUUAAGAAACAAGAGUAGACAACGAUGCAAUCCUCUUGACAACGAUUCCAGUUAUCUAAUAUCUAAAUGUAUUUAAAAUGUACCUCCAAGUGCCUUUCAUGUAAUGAUUUGAAUUGGGGUAUGAAGUGUUCAAUUUUCUAGCAACAGUCAUAGUAUUAGUAUUAGAUGUAAGCCAAGGGAAAAUUCCUUUUGAAGAAGUUUGUUGAUCUUUCAUUUUUAUAUACCUACUUGUAACCAAUUGGUCUGUUGUUUGCAAGAGAUCCAACCAACUUAUUUGACUUUAUAUCAGUAAAAUUAUUCACAAUCACGUUGAACAUAUCAGAAAUGCCAUACAAGAUAUUUAUGAUACCAAAUAAUUUAUUAACAAUACUUAACCUAUCAACAGUACAGACUUAAAAGUAAGGUAUGAGAUCGAGGGGAAAAUACAAAACAUUGGUCAUUCAGCUAGGACGUAUAAAAACCUAAAGACGAAGUGCACUAUUUAUCUCAGAAAGGAAGAAAGUAGGAGAAGUAAUGUACAUUAAUUUUAAAGCGGUGCUUUAGCAUCAAUGGCCAUGAGCCCAGCUUAUUCUCUGGUGCGAUCAGCCGUUUUUUCCUGCUGCUUCGCUCUCCUUGCCGCUUCAGAUCCUGCUUUUUCGCAUAUGGAGCAGUUCAUUUUUUUCAUUAUUUUGGUAGUUUCAGCUUUGAUUGAAUUGACAGCAUUUACAAACAAAACAGCAACUACAGGAUUUAAAAUAAUAAAGAACAGUGGAGCCUGUUAUAACGAAGCUCACAGUGCUCAGAAAAACUUUGUUAUAUCCGGAACUUCGUUAAAAGUGGACCCGGCGGAGAAGUGGGGAGAACUUCGCGAAAAUUACAUAAAAAAAAACUUACGAACAAAUCAAAGUAAAUUAAGUAUGUAUUUACUACAAAAAAAUACAUAUGUCUAUGCUCUCUUAAUAAAGGAGUCUAUAGACUGUUGCGCUGUUCUGGAGCGGAAACCAUUUCUUACGAAGUCUUCUUCGAACUUUGAGCAAAAGAUCCAGUGACCCUUCUAGACCUGUCGCAAGCGCAUACUGGCGAGUCUGCUGUAAGGCUUGCAACAUAGCCUUCUUGCCUUCUUGGAGAUACCUUCUUGCACAUCAUGUCUGAAAAAUAAUACUUUUUUAUACUUUACACUCAGGUUUUUACUUUAAGAGUAUAUAGUAGACAUUUCUGAUGUGUUCAACAUGGACUGCAUUUCUUGUGGAUAACAGACCCAUCAAACCAAAGCUCUCUGUCCAUUUUAUGAUUCAGUUUUAGUUUCAGCAAUGCACUAGUUACUUUCAAAACGAUUUAUUUCUGUUUUUCUGUACACUUGUGUACCACAGAAGAGCCAAUUAAUUGUUUGAACUUUACUUUUUGCCUUGUCCUGCAAAAAUCUGAAAUUGCAUCCUUGCUGGUAUCAUACAAGAGAAGGAUUGAUAACAGUUCACAAGAUUUUUAUGUUGAGCUUAAGUUUUCUUGCAACCUCUGGACAGACUUAAUUUCAGCAAAUAAAGGAGUAGAACAUUUGGCCACGAUAAACUUGAACAUGUAUUUUAUGGACUAUGCAAAUCGUUCAUUUUAGAGUAUAUUUUAGACAUGUCUGAUGUGUUCAACUUCGACAGUAUCUCUUGUGGAUGACAGACUCAUUAAUGUUGCUUACAUUAUUCAGUUUUAGUUGCAGUAAUGCACUAGUUAUUUUCGAACCGGUUCAUUUCUGUUUUUGUGUACCUCACAAAAGAGCCAAUAAAUUGUUUAAAACGCGACCAUUCAAUUCAUUAUUAAAAGUAAUCAUUUUUAAAGACUAAAAGUUGAGAAUUGCAGUCUUAAGAAGCAUUAGUGUCAUUUCUAGAAACUUUUAGGCUUAAAGAUUGUUGUUGUUUUAAAUUUAAGUUUAUCUUUAUUGUUUUCUUUCCACUGUUGUUUUUUGAAUUCUGGAAAGAGUUUUCCUUCUUUUGUUGUUUUCAAAUUCUGGAGAGAGCUUUUUUUUCUCAUUCAAUUAAGUUUCGCAAAGUUUUCCCUUCAAAGCAUACAUUACUUAUGCCCAAUCACUAUUUUUUAAGCUUGAGUAAUGAUUAUCUUUGAGAUUUUGCCUCUCUUCUUGUUUCCAGAAUAAGAGGAUCUCAUAGUGAGGAGAGCUCUGCGAAAGGAAGCUGAGCUAAAAAUGGUCUCCAAUACCUUAUGUACAAACUAGAUUGAAAUAACUCCUCUCAUUGUCAAUAUUGUCAGUCUUUGAGUAGCAUCAAGGCUUUAAACUUUAUGUUCACAAUUCAUUUUGUAUGCUUAUUUUAGUAAUAUUUAUUUUGUCUCCCUCUUUAGGAAAAAACAUAUGAACAAAUUGUAUCAGAACCUAAAGGCACCAAGUGUUCACUUCGGUUUUCAAUUGUAGAUUCUGUUUUAUUGGACAGCUUUUAGCCAAAGUUGGCUGAACAAAAUUUUUCAGCGCCAUGAAUUUUUAAGAGGCUUUGCUCCUCUUUGCUCUUUGGUCUGUUUUAGAUCCCUCGUGCAGUCGGUUGAACUGACACAAUUUUCUCUGAAAUUCCCUGGAAACUACAUUCCUUUCAAUGCUAAAUUCCUUAGUGUAAAAUUUAAAAUAUUAGUGUAGAAUGGAUUUAUGAAAAAUAGAUUCUAGACGUGCUUUUUGUAAAUGAAUCUAGUCCGGUGAUUCAACCGGUGGAGCCUUCGGGAGAGAUGGUGAUCUCAAAAGUUUAAGAGAGGUUCUCUAAUUAAAAGCACAUAAUUCAAUUACUGCUCAAAAUUUCAAUUUUGUGUCCCAAUCCAGUUUAGGGUCUCUAAAUCAUCAGUGAUUUUAUUAAUUCAAGAUACCUUUUUUCUCAUCACUGUGCCUUGCCUAAGAGCAAAUUUCUAUUGCCUUUCUGCAUCAAGUACCUACCUAGUAUAGUCGAGUAACAAGUGUGUACUUAUAUUUUUUGUUUUGUGUGUGUGAGUGUGUCGCACUAGGUGGUUUUAAAAUUUCCAAGGAAACACCCAGAUCCGUAUAUUAGUGAUAGUGUUUUUUUUGUCUGAUACAUGUUAACAUUAUUGUAAUUACUUUCAGUGAAGCAUCGAAAUGUGGUCAGAUGUUUUACCAUAAUCUCGAGUCGAGUCUUAGUUGUCUUUGUAUUCAUUGUCAUAAUUGUCAAAUCUGCUCUCUUGUAUCAUGAUAAAAAAAAAAAAAAAAAAAAAAAAAAAAAAAAAAAAAAAAAAAACCCCAAAAAAAGUUGGAGAAUGCUGACUUGCUUUUGUUAUUCCACAGUAAACGGAGAGGAGGCUGUCAAUGUAGUAAAUCAAACGAACUUAAAUAGGAUUUAAAGUCUGCAGCAGCCUGAUCGUUGAAAUUUUGUGUUUGUUGACUGGACAAGACAGGAUUAGGGAGAAUUGAGUCAUGUGAUUGGUCAGCCCUCUUUGGUCCUCUUUGUUGUGCCGGUAAUGGACAUAUUUAAGCAGGAUUUGAUGACAUAGUAUCAGCAACUCAGGAAAUGUCUCUAGCUUCUCGAUGAAUAUGUCCAUUACCGGCAUGACAAAGAGAACCAAGGAUAAUGCAGACCAAUCACACAACUCCAUUGUCCUUAAUCCACUUAACGAACACAAAAUUUCAACAAUGAGGCUGCUGGUCUUUUCUCAGAAUACCCCAAUUGAAAGGAGGAGAAAAUCAAAGGAGCAAACGUGUAAUAUGAACUUAUUUAGAUAAGAAUUUUGAUUUCUGUGAGAGAACGUAUUCGCUUACUCUGUUGAAUUUUUGAUCAUUCUCUUUUUCUGUUAGGUUCAUUUUUUCACAUUCCCCAUGUAUUCCCUGUAAUUAAAUCCACCGUUCUCAGGUCCAACGUUCCCUCGCCCAAAAAUAAUUUCCUGACACAGUACAUAAUGAGGAUAAAGUAUUUUAAGAAUGUAUUAUUAUGAAUUAAUUUGAUUUGAUUCAUUUUGUCACCUACCGCUAACUUUUUUAUCAUUCACCUGAAAUGUGCUUGCCUUAUUGUUUGCUUCCUCUCACAGUCACUAAUACUACGUAUCUGGUUUCCCUCUAAAAAACUGAUAUCCCUAGCUCAUACGUACAUAUUUGCGCAUGAUGGCAACUCUGUGAGACCAGGUUUGAUCAGUGAUUGAAGUUGGUUUUCUUAGAAUCGUACCUUUUGUCUCCAUCCCUUAUUUAAGUCAUCAUGCGCCUAUUUUUUUAGUGUACUCUACUUUUUUUCGAGUUCCUGUUAAACCUGUAUUUUGUCUCUCUAGUCCAGAUGAUUUUGUUGAAUUUUCUGACAUAGUGGCCUUUGUGUGUGUGUUAUCCAGAAAGAAAUGGUUUUUUUUUUCCUGUCUGGAGAGCCAACUUUGGCUCAGUAUUGGAAACAGCCUUAUUUUCCCUCCUUUAUUUUCAUAGACCUUCCUUACCACAAAAUCCGUUCCAUGGAAAGGAAAUCUUGUUUUUUUAAUUUUUGAUUGAACUAUUCAUCUUACUCCUGAGCACAGUUUUGAUCUUUCAAUUGCCCCUCAGUGAUUUUUAAGCCCGAUCUGGACAGUUAAACAUUUUCAGAUAUCACUGACAGAACAUUUGUUCAACAAAGCAGCAGUUUGGCAGAACUGCACAUUUUUAUAUUGUUUUCUUAUAUGGUAAUACAUUCAGUUUCUGUUCAGUAAAAACUCCCUCUGUACAAAAAUUAUAAAAACCAGACUUUAAGAUCACUUGUCUUUGAGACCCACCUCAUCAACUUUUUGUUCUUUUCCUUGUAUUUUUAAUUGAUUUCUGUUUCUCAAGUAUCGGAAUAAACUUGUCAAAGCUUGGAUUUGCAACUCAACCCACUUUACCCUUCUGUUCGAUUGUAAUUAGAUCCUCUACCUCUUGAAGUAGGUAUUCAAUAAUUCCUUCAAAUGAAAAAUGAAUCACAACUUCAUUGUAGUUUUUUCCUUUUACCGACUCACUUGUACUCUAGGAUCGGUAUUAGAUAGAAGUGCGAGUCUCCGAUGUUCAUUUUCCCAUGUCAUGCAAGUACUUAUACCAUAUAAAUUGAAAAUUCUCCCAGCAUUAGCUCCGAAGUAUUUAUAUCAUCAAUUUUUUGCCCUUAUGAAAUAAUGCAAGUAGUUCCUAAAAUAAAGGUUUUAAAUCUAGAAUAAUUUCAACUCUUUCCAAUAUAAUUCCUUUUUUCACUUUACGUUUGUUUUCUGACGUCAGCAGACAGAAUACUCUCAGAUAAAAAUAGGUAUUGUUUCGGUAAUUUUUUUUAUGUUUCUUUAAUGAAGAAAGGAAAUGAAUUUGAACGUAUGAUCUGUUAUUCUGAAAGCUGUUAUUAACAAUACCUAUCUCUAUCUCUACAUAAACCAUUGAUUAAGAUCCAUCAAGAAUUUUUUUUUUCUCAGAAAAAGCAAAAACUGUUGAUGCUUGAAACCUAUUUAUCUUUGGUCCUCUGGAAACUUGUCCUCUCUCGAUUACGGAGAGAUAACUGACGUGACUGUAAAAAUGGACAAUAAAUCAUUUGUUUUGUUCCACACAAUCAAAUUUUUGCAAUUACACGAGUUAUUUAGGGUGUUUCUCUGUUACCUCUGUUUAAUUUGAGCUUACCUUUUCAGUUUUAUUUAAUGUUACCUUGCGCCCAGUUUUGCAAAUUUAGUCAAGUAAAUUCAUGAAGUACACAUUUUUGUGCUUCCUCCCGUAGUUUCAUUUUAUCUUUAUCGUCAACCAGUUCCUAAGUGAGUUAUUUCACCUCUCUAAAGAGUACUCCUGAAUUAUAAUCCAUAUUUGUAUAAGUAACUGUCAACUUAUUUACUUUGUGAUGUUACGAUUUUGCCUUUGGAAAAAAUGAAAUAGUAUCUCCAGUUUUCAAUUUUGUAGCAUUUAAGUUUGUGUAUUUAACUGUCAAAAUAAUCGAGUACUUAAUCGCACUGCAUUUUUUUCUUCUGAUUUUUGUAAUGAAAAUGAACUCUUAAAUAAUAUCUACCAUCUCUCAUGUCAUCAAUUUUUUGAAUUUUUGGUUACGAAUAAAAAUAUUCUUUUUUCGCAA